AUGGCUUCGAACACACUUGCUGAUGGUGGAGAUGAUAUUGAGGAGGGUCAAAAAGACUUUCGACCGGUCGAUACUUUAGUUGAACAGCCGUCUGAUAGGUGGGUAUGGAGGGUACCAUCUAAAAGGGCCGGCUGCCAAGCUGCGAUCAGAAUAAAGCUUACCGAUGCUAAGAAGUAUUUGCUGUAUCAUUUUACAGAGGCGCACAACCAUGAUUUUGUGCAUGAAGAAGAUUUACAUCUUCUCAAGGAAAACAGGGGUAUUAAUCGUGCACACGAAGAGAUGAUAAACAAGAUGUCACAUCUCAACAUUGGUCCUGUUCGUGCAUUUAACAUUAUGAAGGAAGUGUAUGGUGGGUUCGACAAAGUCGGUGCGACCAAAGUCGAUUUUAAAAAUUUCAAGAAAGAAUUAAAUCUUUUUAUCGGAGAGUUUGAUGCGGAAAUGUUUGUCAAGCGACUGAUGAGGAAAAAGGAGUUUUUACCGAACUUCUCUUGUGAAUAUGAAACGACAGACGAAGGUGUGUUGAAGUAUAACAUGAUGUUUGUCCCUUUCACUGGGAUUGAUAAUCAUAAUAGGAACGUGACACUUGGUGCUGCAAUUCUCGGUUCUGAAACGGCAGAGACGUAUAGCUGGUUACUUAGGGCGAUCAAGAACGCAUAUGGGUACGCGCCUCCCGUAAUCGUUAUUAACCAAGACCCUGCGAUGAAAAGGGCUAUAGCGGAUGUUUGCCCUGAGUCGAGGCAUCGGUUAUGUAUGUGGCAUAUCAUGGAUAAACUCACUACAAAGGUCGGGGCUGCCCUGUGUUCAAAUACAGAUUUCAGGAAAAGAUUGUCUGCAGUUGUUUGGACUGAUUCUCUAUUGCCCGAAGCGUUUGAGGCUGAAUGGGCAGCUAUUUUAAAUGAUUUCGGUUUAAUCGACCAUGAAUGGCUGACGUCCAAAAGUGAGAAUCACUUUUUUGGCAAGAUUAGCAAUACAAAGUGCACGUUGGUUGAAUUUCUUAGCCACUUCGACACGGCUAUUGAAGCGCAAAGGCACGAGCAUCGAAAAAACGAUCAUGACACUCGAUACACCAACCCUGGAGAGUGGAAUGAUUUUGUUCUCGAGAAGCAAGCAGCUCAGAUAUAUACCAGAACUAUAUUUUUGGAUGUUAUGAUACGCGAGGAGGAUGUUACUGUUAAGUUUAUCUGCAACAGGUUUGAGCAGUUUAGAUUGUUGUGCAGUCACAUUUUCUGCGUGUUACGGCUUCUUGAUGUAAGGGAGUUUCCGAAACAAUAUAUAUUGAGGUGUUGGACGCGUGAAGCUGUUCCAAAUAGUUCCCCCGGGUCCAUUCUUACGGAUGGUGGAGAUCCAGAUCGUAGUGAGGAGGUUAACCGUUGUGUUCGUGAGAUUAGUCACGCAACUGAGUAUGUUGUGAACAAGUUGAUUUCAAAAUUUGAUAAGUUGUCUGAUUUUCGUGAUCAUAUCAAGCAGUUUAUGUCAGUCGCUGAUGAAGCUCAAAUAAAUGCACCUCCCAAGACACGACGUAAUCGAUUUGCUGAAUUGCUAGGAGUUGCUCCAGAGAGCACGGCCACUAUCCGUGUUCCAGUUGGUACCAGGUUCAAGGGUUGUGGUUCUCAUAAACGCCUUAAAUCUCAAAAGGAGCGAGCCAUAAGUCAGUCUGGAAGUAAACGUCGUCAAUGUUCAUUAUGUAAAAAAUACGGUCAUAACAGAGUAACGUGUUGGAAAUACACCGUGACUGUGCCUGAGGCAGGUGCUUCGCGGAAUGUUGAAGGUAAUGAAGAUACAAUUCGCGAAGGAGAUGCUGCUACAGUUGUUGAAGGUGAUGGUCCUGGAUCGAACGAUGCUGAUGAUGAGUUUUACACAUCUGGAAACAAUGCAGAUAUGGAUGAUGAGGACAUGGCAGAGUAG